CAGCCAAUAUAUAAUAUGUUCUGCGCUUUUUGGUGUGGUUCUAUAUUUUCUAAAGAAUGCAUUCGUUCUCCAGUUACUAUUAGUGAGGUCGGAGAGCAUCUCCAGGUGUCUAAUACCGUCAUAUUCAAUCGAAUAUUAUUCCCUGUUAGUUUUGUUCAGAUCUAUCGACCCGUAGGACGGCCGCUGCUUAUCAACGCAAUGUUCCACUACCGGAUCGCGGCUGUCGCUAUAGCUGUUUUUACCGUUUUAGCCAGCAAAAACGUUCGUUCGGAAAUUCUCGGCAAUCAAACUGUUCAAGAAAUUUUGUCAGCCAAUCAAUGUCUUUGCCCGUGCAAUACUCUGUCCGGAGCAUUCAAGAGUUUUACGAUUCCAUUCAAAGAAGCCAAUUGGUUUGAGGCUUAUGCCCACUGCGCCGAGAAUGGCAAGGCAUUGGUUCAGAUCCGGGACUCCUACGACAGGAAAGACCUUCAGGAUUGGCUGAAAUCCUACGGAUAUGGAUCGGCCGAAAGCUACUGGAUCGGGGCGAAUGAUUUGGCCACCCAGGGAUUGUACCGUUGGGGUCUUACCAGCAAACGAGUGAACGACCCGGAAUGGGCUUUCGGGGAACCCAACUCGGCUGUAAUUCGAGGAGAAAUUGAACGAUGUGUACAGCUCAAUGCACGCACGAUGAGUUGGAACGAUGCUCUUUGCUCGAAACGUGCCAAGUUUAUAUGCGAAGAAUAUACCGAUGAGCUCUAGCUGUCAAGUUGAUUACAUGGAAGAAUGAACCCCUUAUUUGUUAUUUUGCGUUUGAAAACUCGGAAAAAUAAGUUUUUUUCAACAAUGUAGAAGUAAUUUGCGAAAAAUUAAAAAAAAAUCUACGCAAGUAUCUAAAUUAUCUUAGAAACAGACUACCAGGCUGUUGAAUGAAUUCGCGGUUGCAUAAGAGAGAGAGAAAAAAUAAUCAUAGGAAUGAAUUGUUAAUGGUUUGUUGACGGCUACAUUUUUUCCAAUGAAAAAAACUAUUUAAUGAUUUUGCAAUAACUGCCUUAUUAUGUGAGAAUUUCAUUAAGGAAUCAAUCUGAAGAACAUCGCAGUUUUAUAAUUUGAUUCUUGAUUUGAAAUUAAAAUUUUGUACUCUCUCAAUAUGAAUUCGGCAAAGUAAACAAGAAAAAAUCACUACUUAAUAUAAAACAAAAUUUGGAAUUUUAGAAGGAUUUCGUUCUUCGAAAAAUCUAGAUUUUCAUUUCACAGUUUCACAAUUAAGAACAAACAAUUUUUUUUUAAUUUUCCAUAUGCAACUAACUGUGCAUAGUUUAAUAAAAAAUAUUAUAACAAAAAUUUUAUCAUUAAAUCUCUCCAUGAGUCAUUUCUUCCUACUGCCGGACUGGUAGGACGGGAUUCAUUUCGACGGUAAUCAAUUUCUUAUUUUGAAUUUCAGUUUGGUAGAAAAAAAUAGGUUGCUUAAAAUUUAUUUAAGCAUUUUUUUUCAUGAAAAUGCGUCCCAAUUGAAUUCAAAUGUAAACUCCUCAGCAUUGAAGCCAAGAGCGAAACGAUGUUCGUACGGGCUCAGCUAGAGUAGCAUAAAUGUAAUGGUAAAAGCUACAAAUAAAUAAAUAUUGAAAAAAUAUAAAAAUAAUCUCUUAUAGUAGGCUUGCCAAAUACUUUCAGAAUAAAAGCGACACAUCGAUGAAAAAACGGGACAUUUUAAAAACUCUAAAAAAAAAAUCCAACUUACACAUUACCAUCAGCCAAAGCUGUUCAUAGAAAGUACUUAAAGAUUUUGUUUAACAUGGAUUGAUUUUGUUCAGUUUUUCUUACAUGUCUUCUAUUAAAACUAUUAUUUCCUACGUUAUUAUGAGAGAAAAAAAAAUUAAAUCAUACAUGUAGACAAUGGAUUAGAUACCAUGUAAAAAAUCCUUUGACACAUUUCACGCUAUUCUCGAAUUUAAAAAAAUUACAAAAUCGUAAUUUCGAUAGUUCAAAUUUCAAAUCACAAAAAAAUAUCGGGAAAAAGAGGAUAAAGGUUUAAACAUGUUUUAUACAGUUUUGGAUAUUGAAAUUUUUUAUUGAUGUGCAAAGUACAAAAUAAUACAAAAUAUUUUUUUACAAUUUGCAUAAUAUCUUUUGAAGUCAACACAUACUGAUAAAUUAAGUAGAAG